CUUUUUGAGAAAAAAAGUGAUCUUUCUUGGUAUUUUUUUGUUUUGUGUCGGUGAAAAAAAUAUACAUAUAUAUAUAUAUAUAUAUAUAUAUAUAUAUAUUUGAUAAUCGUAGAGUUCGAACCUUGUCUUUAUUAGAAUUUGAACCUGUUGUGACUCAUUUCAUUGACCGCUAGGCGACACCUGGGUGAAAAAGUUUAUAUAUAUAAUAUGGUUGUGAAGAUGAUGAAGUGGAUGUCAUGCUCACCCUUAUUAUCAUCAAAUAAAUACGAGGCUAAGAUUACUAUUAAUUGCCUUAAAGGUUUCAACUUUUUGUUAAAUGAGAAAAUGGGGGUCCAAGAUUUUGAUAGAUUCAGAGUUGAAAUUAAGUGGAAGGGAUCAUCAAAGGGUAUUUCAUUGAAUUUGGGGUCAUUUAAUAGGAGAAGUGUAAAGAAGAAUUUUACUAAAGAAGAGUGGUUGAAGGAAGAUGAAGGGCUUGUUGAAUGGAAUGAGGAGUUUCUGAGUGUUUGUAACUUUUCAGGUUGGAAAGAUGGUGUUUUUCAGCCUUGGGAAGUUGUCUUUACUGUGAUCAAUGGUAGAAGCAAAGGACCAAAUCAGAAGGUACCCGUACUUUCUUCUGCGACAUUGAAUCUUGCAGACUUUGCUUCAGUAGCUGGAGAUAAACAAGAGGGCAUUGAAAUUUUCAUUCCUUUGGAAGUCUCUGUUGGCAGCUUCAAGAGUUGCCUUUCACUCUGUCUAGUGCUCAACCUUGUGGAAUUGAGGAACACUCAAGAAGCUUUAGAAACAUUUCCGAAGUUUAUCAUGUUUGAGCAUCUCCGAACCCUGGAAAGGCUUUUUUGACAGACUGAAAUGGGGGUGGUUCUUUAAAAGCAGGUCUGCUAAAGGUUAAAUUUUGGAAAGCAUUAUCUUUUAGGCGACACAAGAAGGCAUAUCAUGCAGAGGAAGGCAGCAGCACUGAUGGAACGAACUCAGUCAGAAGUGAGGAUCCCGAUUAUGUUUAUCCUGUGGAUACAGAUUCACUUGAUAAGGAUUCGGUAGGAGAAUCUGAGAAAGGAAAAGAGGAUACAAGUGUUCAGAAGUCAUUCAGUUAUGAAGCACUCGUCUAUGCAAACUAUGCUGGUGGAUCAUUUUGUUCAAAUACAAACGGCAGUAGCAGUGAUGAGGAUUUAGUCCACUACAACCAUCAUAUUUCAGACACAAAGCACAAGUACCCUGAGGAUAAAACUGCAGCAAAUCAAUCUGCAGAGUAGAGUUCAAAACGUAGUCUUCUUUCUUGGAGGAAGAGGAAGUUGAGUUUCAAAUAUUCUAAAACCAAGGGGGAUCCAUUGUUGAAGAAAUAUUAUGGAGAGGAUGGUGCAGACGAUAUAGACUUUGAUCGCCGAUAGCUUUGCUCAUCUGACGAGUCUUCUUCUAGGGGGCACAAAUCCGAGGAAACUUCUCCGAUUUCAGUCUCUAAGUUUGGAGAUGAAAGUUUCGCUAUGGCUAGUUGGGAGCAGAAAGAAAUAAUAAGCCAUGAUGGACAAAUGAAGCUACAGACUCAGAUCUUCUUUGCUUCGAUUGAUCAACGAAGUGAACAAGCUGUUGGUGAAAGGUCUGAGUACACUACUCUCCCUACCCUUCCCAGACCCCCACUUGUGAGAUUUCAUUAGGUGUGUAGCUGUGGAUUUUGGCUGUUGAGUGAAAUUGAAAAAGAAUUUUUAAAAAAUUAUCUUUGGGUUUUCGUAUGAAAUAAGAACUCUGAAUCCAAUUCUAGGGAAUUUGAUUACUUCCUAAUAUUAGUGGAACUAUGCAUUCAUUUCUCCUUGCGAAGGUUGAUAUACAGUCAAACCUCUCUAUAACUGCAUCGCUUGUUCGGAUUUUUUUGACUGCUAUAGUGGAAUGUUGUUAUACAGAACAUAUAAUAUAACACAACAUAAAAAAUAGAUUCCACAGAAAACUUGCCCGUUAUAGUGAAAUGUUGUUGUUGAAGGUCUCUGAUAUAGUGAGGUCUGACUGUUAUUGAGAACUGUACGUUAUCUGAAUAUCUAGUGCUUGUACCUUUGUUGUCUUGAAAUAGGGUGCUAUUUGUAUUGUUUUAUGAAUCCUGGUCUUGGGAUGAUAAAUUUCUUGAAUUUCCACAAAUUAGGAUACUUAUUUUUUAUUUUAUUGGUUAGGUUGAUGCUUAGUUUUGAUAAUUUGAUCAUGGUGAUUCAGUAUAUUGCAGCAUCAUUUGUAUGAGCCUCUCCAGAGGACAUGUUAAACAAGAGAAGCUUAGUAAAAUUCAUCAUCAAUAUAUUACUACUAGAGUACUAGUAGCUUAGUGAGUUUAACAGUGGCAAAGCCAAGAAUUUCGCCUAAAGUGUCCAAUAUAUAUACACAGUAUAAUUUUCCGACAUGCUACUGGCGUAAAGUGAGUUUUAACUUUGUUAUAUUGAUGUCUAAGAAACUGUUACUGACAUGCACUGGGAGUUAGAAGCUUUUUAAGCCUUCUGGAAUGUAAUGAUUGCAUUUCAAUGGAUCCACUUUCUGAGCUUGUGGGGUUCAUUUAUUUUGAUGUUAUAUGGGGGAUGAUGAGACCUACUGUAUUCAUUCGUAUUUUUCUCUUACACAUAUACAGUUGUGCUUUCGGGAUAAGGAAAAAAGAAGCAUUAUUGGCAUAGUCUAUUAUUAAAUAUAAAUGGUAGCAAAUGAUUAGGCACCUUGAGGAUUAUUCCUUCCCAAAUUUGUUUUGGUGUGCAUCCAACAAUUGGUUUUUAAGGGAAGAAACAAUAGGAGGAGUUGUUAAUGAUAAAUGGUUUGAACUUUUUAAUGACUACUUCUUUCAUAGGCUCAACGUAUUGCCGCGACCUCCACAUGCACCGGUUAGUCGGUGUGAGACCAUGGUGACCAAGGUGUUAAAAGGAGACGAGAUAGACCUAGAGAAGUUGUCUCAAACGACCUAUAAUUUCUUGGAAUCAAUGCAGACUUGGUUAAAGAUAGGACACAAUGUAGUAUCAAGACUCAUAUAGGCCAUAUCAAGACUCAUAGUUACAGGUGAUUGUGUACAGCAACAGGUAUACGGAAAUUUAUUUAUACAAUGUCUCCACAAGGGAGAAAAAAACUUUGCCACACUAGGAUUAUGGAAAUAAGAAGUAGGCAGUACACAUCGGAUCCAAAGUUGUUUUUGGGAUUUGACGGGAGUUACUACAAAUUGCUUCAUGUUUUUGAUCGUUAUGGAGCCAAAGAAUGUGAAAUUCUUACCCUAGGUGUAACCAACCCCCUCUUGGAGGAAAAUCGCCUGUGUUAUUAAUGAGAGUAAUAGUUCGUGUGAUUUUUACAUGGAAUGUAUUUUCGUCAAUGGGGUUGUUUAUUGGUACUCUUCCAAAUUUUGUAUUGUCUACUUCAACUUUAGUGAGGAGAAGUUUGCAUAUAUUUUAUCCCCAAGUACUCCACCAAAUUCAUAUUUUUUCAAAGGGUUGAGUAGCAUGCAAACUGCAUUGUGUGGAAAACUGGUUAUCUCUUGCUAUCAUAUCGAUGGUGAUGGCACAUUAUUUCAUGUGGUAUACGAUGGCGAUGCUAAUGAAGUUUUCACCAAGGUUUCUCCUAGCGAGGAUCAUGAGUUUGAAGUCGUGGCUAGAUUGCUUGGAGCAGAAAGAAUUGAUGACAAAACAAAGGAUGCAGCAAAUGUUUUAGCAACAAGUGUAAACAGUGCCUCUGUUUCUCUGUUGUCCUCCUCAAAGCCUAGUAAAUUGGGAUUUUGUUGGCAACCAGAGUCCUCUUGUCGAGUUUAGAUAUGUUAGCAGUUUUGUCGAGAACAUUAUCCCGCUGUCAUCUUAACUAACCUGAAUGUAGAAUUUAUGUUUAAUUUUUGCUAUAUUUUUCUA